AUUUUUUGAUAAGUGUCAAUUUGAAAUUUAAUAUUCGGUGGAUUUCUUGAUUCUCAUACUCACUAAAAUGUUAAUUAAAAUAAAAGAAGUGUAAAUAAUUCUUAGUCGCUUAUAAUAUACGUGAAGUUUACUGUCUUGUUAAAAGAAUUAAACGGACUAUUUUUAUUUAUCUGUCACAAUUAAAAUAAAUAAGAACUAAAAUCAUGUUAGAGGUUAUAAAUGGAUAUCUUAUGGUUUACUUCGUUGUGUUAUGCACUCUUAACGCUUUACUGCCUAGCAUAGUAAAACCCGUAGCAGCAUGCUUUUCACGACCAAGUAACCAAGAACGGACAAUAUGGGAGGAAAUUCUAAAACUAAAAGCUGAGCAAAAAAUUAUGUCUAUAAAGGAUGAGUUUGCCGCCUACUCCAAACUGCAGAGGAAGAUUAAUAAACUGGAGGCAGAACUAAAGGAUAACUCGCAAAGUCGCAUGAGUAAAAAUAUAGCCAUUAAGAGCUCUGUGCAAAUUGCAUUGCAGGUUGUACUAGCUUUAGUUAUGGUGGUUUCGGUUAUUUGGUUUCGACGUGUGCCAAUAGUGGCGCUAAAAGGGAACCUCUUUCCGUUGACAACAAUACUACGAUACCCAAGUGAGAUGCCGAAUGCAAUUUCGACUCAUGUGUGGGUGUUAAUAUCUAAUAUCUCUAUUAAAACUUUGUUGAAACCGUUGACUUCGUAAUAUUAUUUAUUAGUGUAUUUAUUUUUUAUUGUAAUAAAGAGGUGAAGAGAACAA